GUGAGAGAGCUCCAACAAGAUUCUAUCCUCAGUCCCAGAGUCGCCGUCUCACACGAUCGAAAACAACGACAAACAGGUUCCCCAGUUUCCUCCGCGCCUAUAUGCAAGCCGCACUCACCGCGGCAUGGACAACACACAUCCCAUUUCUGCAAACCUCCUCUCCAGCCCAGCUCGUCGCCCGCCUCCUGCGCACCCACCUCUCGCCAGGCCUCCACUCCUACACCUUCAUCGACUUCUGCGCCGGCGGCGGCGGCCCCACGCCCUCCAUCGAGCGCCACUUGAACGGUCCCAUCGCCUCCAACCAGGGACCCGCAGAGAGCGGCGGGGCGGCGAGUGACGAACAAGUGAGUAGACGAGGAGGAGAAGGAGGCCAAGAAGAGCAAGAGGGAGAAGAGAAACAGCCCCUCCAAUUCGUCCUCACCGACCUGCACCCGCACGUCGACCUCUGGGCCCAGGCCGCUGCCCGGUCCCCCAACCUCUCGUACGUCCCCGACCCCGUCGAUGCGGCGAACGUGCCGCGGGACUUGGUGCGGCGCUACCGCGGGCCCGAGGGCACCAAGAAGGUGUUCCGGCUGUUCAACUUGGCGUUCCAUCACUUUGACGAUGCCCUUGCCCGGAGGAUCCUGAGGGAUACUGUUGAGGGGGGCGGGGACGGAUUCGGCAUCUUCGAGCUGCAGGACCGCGGGAUGGCGGGUUUCUUCUCGUGCUGUCUGUUCGGCAUCGGGACGCUGAUCAUGGCACCGUACUACGCGGUUCUCUGGGGGGCGCCGCUGGCGCUGCUUUUCACCUAUGUGCUGCCCGUCCUGCCGGCCGUGUUGGUGUUUGACGGGUGGAUGUCGUGUCUGCGGACGCGGACGUCGGAUGAGGUCGAGGCGCUGCUCCGGACUUGCGGCGCCGAGGGUGGCGAGGCUGAAAUCGCGAAAUGGGAGGUCAAGAGCGGCAGCGAGAUGUUCAUGUGGCCCGUCGGCCGAGUGAACUGGAUCAUCUGUGUCAAGAGGUAAAAAUAAGAGAGGGCGGCGCAGCAGAAACCGCGGGAGGGGGACGGGGGAGUGGGGAGUGGGUGUUGGUGGUUAGCCGAGUAUAUUGCUAGAUGCCAAAAUGCCCAUGCUCUUUUCAGUGGUGCUGUAUAUCGUAACCCAGAAUUCGAAGCUCCCUCUCUUGAUCGUGCCUCUCUUGGACAGCGCGUCCGCCCCCGCCCCCUGAUCCAACAGCGGAACCAUUCUCAACAACACAAACCGCCUGGGUAUCAAGCUUGUCACCACCCCAGAAGAAACGCGAACCCCUCAGGGUCAGCACUCCCCUCGCCCCCCGGCCCCC